CUGGAUCUGUUUUGAAGCUUGAAUGGUUCCUGCGGGUGAGGGCAUCUCUCCCUCCACCGCGCUCUUGGCUGUUCUUGAUGAAUGCGAGAGCAUUGGUGCAAUUGUUGCAGUUUGUUGCUCGCGCCGAAGUCCUCGCUUCGUGGUUUCGAUUCUCGCCGUUAGGUUGUGAUUGACGUCCAGUUAAGGUCUCGCGGUGAUUGAAUAGGGUGGAAAUAUGACGAAGGUUGCCGCGGAUCGUUUUGCUCGUGCGAGUUUUGAGCUGCAUAUAAUGGACUUCAAUUUCUCCGAACGUAUUUAGGCUGUAACCGAUUCUACUGUCAUGAUAAUAUCGGCCAUGAGAUUACCACAAUUGGACUCAUUUUGACUUCUCGCGGGUGUUCUGAUGUCCGUAGCUUGUAGGGCCUCGAAUUACAACUGAACUUUGCCAUCUGCAAAGGCGGUUUUGGUUAGGUGCUGCUUCGAGCUACUUGUCAUUCUGAAGGAUAAUGCCGCCAUGUACAAAGAGAAGGUUGUUUGUCUUGGGAGGAUAACAGAUACAGAGCACGCUAGGAAGGAUUACCUGGUAGGAUAUUCGUAGUGGGGAUUUAGAGCAUGGAUAACAUCCAACGAAGUCAUGCUCUUGGCAGGAGGGAAGGAAGCUGUAAACAACGCGCAACCUUGAUGGCAAUGCAUGGAGGCCUUCAUUCUCGUAGAGAUUCUGGAACGUUGGGCAGGUCAGAGCCGUGUUGUGAGGCUACGUUUUCCCGAAAUAAUGCCGGCGUAACGGCCAAUUCUGUGGCAACUCCAUUCCAUCUCCCAAAUGGCAGGCAUGGGUCUCACUCGAGUUUCAAUUGUAGGUCUUCUUGCCACUUCCAUGAAAGGUUUUCCGUGCAUGACGAGCACGCUGAAAGUGCCCGGCGAGCGGCGAAGUUUGCUCAAACGUCUUGUCAUAGGAGAACUGCAACUCAGUCUUCAUGCGAUUGUGGUCACUGCCAAGGACGUGAUCUCCGUGAAGACAGUGAAGCCCAAGUUUCAGAGGAAAACGUGCGCUAUCGCAGAGGAGCCUCUGUACCAGAUACUCAAGCUGGAACCGGACCUUCGCACGCGGAAGAGGGUUGCGGAUGCUGUCACCCGAGUGGAAGUGUUUUAGGAAGAAACGACGGAGGAGAUGACUUCGAUGAUCGCAUACGGGCGCUUGGUGGAACUCCUUGUUUUUCAUUGUCCGAUGAUUUACCGUAUAGAGCCACAGCGAAUGCGUUUAUGUCGAAGCCGUCUUCUGUGUCGAGGAAAGGCUCACCCGACUUAUCAAGAAUUGAGUCAAUGCACAGGGCUCUAGCCGCUACGAAAGCGUCCGUGAAGCAGGUGAUCUUGUACGGAUGGUUCUUAAAAAGACCCUCAAGUAGCAACGGCUCUGCAUCCUGUUCUGCUGUACCGCAAGUAGUUAUUGGUGGAUACAAGAGUGCUGGGAUGUCAGAAAGUGAUUACUUCGAAUCCGGGCUUAUCGUACAGCGUCUCGAGAGGUGGAGGCUUCAAACCAGCCAUGGGCUGGAGGUGGGCCUUAUGGGCAUGAUAAAUGUAUCGAAAUCUGUUGCGAACGGAUUUCCCGAGGCGCUCGUUCAGUGUUUCAUGAUCGGCUUUCCUUCCGCCUGGUCCUACAUGAUUUCAAAUUUCGGCAUGGGCUCUUUGAGUGAUGAUAAGACGGACUUGCCUUCAUCCUCUGCCGUUCCCAGCAAUGCAACCGGGCAGGCACAGGACCCAAGGAACUAUCGGAGGGAGGUUCUCCUGAAUACGGCACCUUUGGAAGGAGAUCCAGUACGUAUUAUAUUGUCUUCAUCUUUGUUUAUUGCUCCUGAUGAAGCGCGGAUGAUAGCACUACGUAGACUAUCCUCAAGCAACAAUUUGCAAGGUGGAGUUGAAUCUGACGCUACUUCAGCCCCCCAGUCUGUUAAUACUCAAGAGGGCCUCGACAGAGCUAGAAAUGAUAGAAACUCGUGUUACGGCGCAAUAAAUACAGGAAAUCACUCUGCUAGUCACGACCCGAUGCCAUCUCGGUUAGUUGAAAGGGCGGUUACUCAAGAAGUUCUUCCGGAAGGUGGCGAAGAGCAUUCUGUACGUUUGGGAGAUCACAACAAAACCAGAAAUGGUAGCGACUCAUGUUACGAUGCAAUAAAUACACGAAACCAAGUCUCUAGUCACGAUCCAAGGCCAUCUCGGCUCAGCGAGAGACGUGCUACUCAAGUGGUUCUUGUGGAAGGUGAUGAGAUAGGAGAUGGCUUAGAAGAUGUUGUCAGCUCUCCCACUCCGAAGGACGAAGUGAGUGUUGAAGGUGCCGUUGCCGUCGAUCUCGAUGUCUCAGAAAGAACUCCUAAUGAAGAAGCCCAGCCUAACAUUGAUUGGGGAGAAUUUCUCGGUGAUGGAAAUUCCAGAGAUCAGGAGUAUGAAGCAGGGCUUAAGUUGUGUGACGAAGCGAAUGUUACACAAGAAGGCACAGUUCACGUAGCUGUAGUAGGAGCGGUGGAUACGGAUUGCAAUUGUCCUGGUGUCAGCUACUUGAAGCUAACCUGUGCAUCUUGUGGUUGCACGGGCAUUGAUCUGGAUGUCACAACGGGGGCCAGUCAGGAUGGAGAAAGCAAGGCAGACUUGAACAUCAAAGUGAGCUCAAUUGAGUUUCCUAAUAGAGGAAAUGAGCCUGCAGCAGGAUGUGCCGAGUUAUCAGAAGACAGUAGUGAUUUUACGACUAAGAGGCCGUUUCAAGGGCCGGUAUCAGAAGAAGGGGAAGAGAAACCCAGCAAGAUGUUGUGUGAAACUCAUGCUUCGUCCUUAGAGAUCAGGUUGCCUGCAACAGCUGCGAUAGGAAAUGACGCGAAUGGAAGCGAUUCAGGUCAACCAAUUGUAGUUGGAACAGAGGCUGGCCUGAUGCAGGAUUCUAUACCAUGCACCCCGUUACAAGAAAGCAAGAAGCGGUCGAGGAAUUCUACGGAAACACCUGGCCCGACUGAGGAAACAAUUCUCAUGUGCAAUAUACUCAGCCAUGCAGGCCCUUCAGUUCUUCCUAGUCAGAGCCGUACUAAUGCCCCGGUGUCGGAGAUUUUGUUGAAUGAUAUAGAUCGGGAAUCUGUUGACACAGCCGUAGAGCCAUGCCAGGAGGAGGUAAUUGUUUCAGCGAAGGAAUUGGCUGUUGAUGAAAGCACAACUCGGAAAAAACGAAAGAAAAGCGUAGGCGCUGCUCUUGGCAGACCAAGCAUACACUCUGUCGAUAGUGAUCCCGGGUUGCCGAGGGACGACGGUCUGCUUGCUACCGAAGUCUUCUCGUCAAACUCACAGAUGACUUCUUUUGUGAGUUUGAGGAGAAGUAGACGAAGAAGUGUUGCUGAAAGCUCUUCUCGGAGCCAAUCAGGCAAAGAGAGCAGCGAAGUUCUAGUUGUAGGAGAUGAAGGAGGCAAGGAAAGUAUCCAUGUUUUGAAGUCAAAUAGGGAACCCAAGGGGGGCGCCGACGUAACGUACUUUCACAAGGACGUUAAAGAGUUUAGGGUGCCAGUUGUAGCUUGUCGGAAUGAAGCAGGUACAGAGUCGAACCAUGCAAUGAAGUCAGAUCAGAAACUAGAAACAGAUGAAGAGAACGGGUGCAAGGAAAAUAAACAAGUCGUCACACCUGGUAACAACAAGGGGAGCAGGAAGUCUAGAAAAUAUUAUAAGGGCAGGAGAAAAAAGAGCACCAAGAGAGUCGGGUUUGUAGAGAAAGACACCGGUAUGAAUCAUCAUAGUGGAGGUUCUCGUCCCGAAGAGCUGAAGAGUAAAUUGCACAAAGACUCGCUUGGUACCUCUGCUUGUGGAGAAACCCAUAUCGAAGGAGGAACAGAUCACUGUCUGCAGGUACCUAGAGAGAUUCCAGCUCCUAUCAGUCAGAAGCACCAGCGCAGUUCGAGCAGGAGAAACUACAGAAUGAGGAGGAAAGACCACGACAGAGAGACUGAUUUGCAGACUUCUGGCGAAGGCCAAGGAGACGCGGCAGAUGGUGGGCUUAACCAAGGUCUCGAAGAUGCUGAUAAGGCGGCUAAGUCGACGAAGCGCUUGAAAAAUACUGCAGAGAGGUCAUUUUCGGGGAGUCGACGAGCUUCACCGAAAGUCCUCAAUCGAGUCAUACAAAAAAGCCAACCUCAAAGGAGAAAGAACAAAUUCAGUGCCUCUAUUGUUCCACCUCCUCCCCCCGCGCCGAGAGUUGUUGAUAAGACCAAAGUGCCGGAAGCUUUUGGCUUGAAGAAAUCACGACAUGGAAGAGUUCUUGUUCCUCGCUUGGCAACUUGGCGUAAUCAGUCAAUAAAAUAUGACAUGGAUGGAAGCAUCAUUGCGAUUGCAGAAGGUUUUGAGGGGGCAGAAGGGGAAUCGGGCACAGGUUGCUACAAUUUCAAACCACCUACAGAUAAGGAAGCAAGAACCAUGCAGAGAAAGUUACAGAAGGCUGCAGAACUUGCUAGGACAUAGAUGGCUCCAGAGUACAGAAAAAGAAAGAAUUCAAGCGUGAAGUUUAGUUAUCUUCUAGUUUAGAUGUGCGGCAGAGACUUGAAGUCUCCAAUUUUACUCACUAUCAUGUGAAGAUCACACAGUGAGAGUGAUACCUGCAGGUUAUUCAGGAUGCAUCAUUCAAUGUACAGAAUCAGUUUCGAUUAUCGCGAUUCACGAUCGUCCUGUUUAUAGUUUUCACCAAGUGUUUCACGUUGAUCAGGUCUGUGGUUGUUCUGCCUGAAGCCUGCUCACGUUUAUUCGCAUGACUUUUUACGACCCAGAAGGAUCACGACUAGCCUCGCGUAUCAGUUGUGGAUCUGGUUGUCUUGUCACUACAGCCAGCAUCAGUAGAAAUUACGGUUGUCAUUUAAUUCUUACUGUUUCUGUGUUGAGCCUCUUCAUGUACGCC